AUGUUUACCGGACUUGUUGAGACGAUGGGGAUGGUCUCGGCCCUCGAGCCCCUCGAUACCACCGAGAGCGGGGGCGGGGGAACGUCUUUGACCAUUACGGACUGCGAGGAGAUCCUCACCGAUGUGCACCUGGGAGAUAGCAUCAGUGUCAAUGGAGCCUGCCUAACCGUAACGGCCUUCGAAAAGAACUGGUUCAAAGUCGGCGUUGCCCCCGAGACGCUGCGCCGCACGAAUCUCGGCUCCCUGACCGAAACAUCAAAAGUCAACCUCGAGCGCGCCGUAAAAGGCGAGACGCGGAUGGGUGGGCACAUCGUGCAGGGCCACGUCGACACGAUCGCAAAGAUCCUCGCCGCAACACCCGACGAGAACGCACUUGUCCUCCGUCUACAGCCCCGUGAUAUUACGAUACUGCGGUACAUUGUCGAAAAGGGCUUCAUUACACUUGAUGGGGCCAGUUUGACGGUUACGCAGGUGAAGGAUGGGGAGGAUGGCUGGUUUGAGAUUAUGCUCAUUGCGUAUACGCAGGAGAAGAUUGUGACGGCGGCGAAGAAGGUUGGUGAUUUUGUCAAUGUGGAAAUCGAUGUUGUGGCCAAGUAUGUUGAAAAGGGGAUUGAGGCGUAUUUUGCGGGGACGGCGGGUGGGAAUAUGAGCAUUCUGGAGAAGAUGGUCGGGAGGAUUGUGGAUGAAAAGUUGAAGCAAUAG